AUGUCAGUGACCGCACCUGUGGCCGUUAUGUCAGAAGUCAGUGACCGCACCUGUGGCCGUUAUGUCAGAAUGACCGCACCUGUGGCCGUUAUGUCAGAUGUCAGUGACCGCACCUGUGGCCGUUAUAUGUCAGUGACCGCACCUGUGGCCGUUAUGUCAGAUGUCAGUGACCGCACCUGUGGCCGUUAUAUGUCAGUGACCGCACCUGUGGCCGUUAUGUCAGAUGUCAGUGACCGCACCUGUGGCCGUUAUGUCAGAAAAGUCAGUGACCGCACCUGUGGCCGUUAUGUCAGAAUGACCGCACCUGUGGCCGUUAUGUCAGAUGUCAGUGACCGCACCUGUGGCCGUUAUAUGUCAGUGACCGCACCUGUGGCCGUUAUGUCAGAUGUCAGUGACCGCACCUGUGGCCGUUAUAUGUCAGUGACCGCACCUGUGGCCGUUAUGUCAGAUGUCAGUGACCGCACCUGUGGCCGUUAUAUGUCAGUGACCGCACCUGUGGCCGUUAUGUCAGAUGUCAGUGACCGCACCUGUGGCCGUUAUGUCAGAGAUGUCAGUGACCGCACCUGUGGCCGUUAUGUCAGAGUGACCGCACCUGUGGCCGUUAUGUCAGAUGUCAGUGACCGCACCUAUGGCCGUUAUAUGUCAGUGACCGCACCUGUGGCCGUUAUGUCAGAUGUCAGUGACCGCACCUGUGGCCGUUAUAUGUCAGUGACCGCACCUGUGGCCGUUAUGUCAGAGAGGUCAGUGACCGCACCUGUGGCCGUUAUGUCAGAUGUCAGUGACCGCACCUGUGGCCGUUAUGUCAGAGAGGUCAGUGACCGCACCUGUGGCCGUUAUGUCAGAUGUCAGUGA